AUGUUUGGUAAUAAUAGACCAAUGUUUGGAGGGAGCAACCUUUCCUUUGGAUCAAACACGUCAUCCUUUAGUGGGCAACAAUCGCAGCAGCCAAACUCUCUUUUUGGAAAUAGCAAUAACAAUAAUAAUUCCACCAGCAACAAUGCUCAAUCAGGGUUUGGUGGAUUCACCUCUACCGCUAGCAGUAAUAAUAACAGUUUGUUUGGAAAUAACAACAGUGCCCAGAACAAUGGGACUUUUGGCCAAUCAGUGGGCACCGCUCAAAAUUCACCGUUUGGCUCAUUAAACUCUUCAAAUACCAGUAAUGGGAACACUUUUGGAGGAUCCAAUUCAGUGGGCUCUUUCGGUGGUAAUACCAACAAUGCAUUUAGUAAUAACAAUAAUAAUAGUAACGGUACAAAUUCCUCAUUUGGUUUAAAUAAGCCGAAUACAGGAGGAACCUUGUUUGGUUCGCAGAAUAAUAAUAGUGCAGGUGCUUCUAGUUUAUUUGGCGGCCAAAGUGCAACUACCACUGGAACAUUCGGAAACACCGGAAGUAGUUUUCGAACGGGCCUGAAUAGUAAUGGCUCUAACGUCUUUGGAGCAGGAAACAACACACAAAACAAUACUACUGGCGGUUUAUUUGGCAACCAACAAUCUUCAGCGUUUGGGGCAAACAAUCAACAAGGAAGUCUAUUUGGACAGCAAUCUCAAAACACUAAUAAUGCAUUUGGUAAUCAAAACCAGCUUGGGGGGAGCUCAUUUGGAUCAAAACCAGUUGGUUCAGGGUCAUUAUUUGGUCAGAACAACAACAAUCUAGGAAACACAAACAACAAUAGCAAUGGAUUGUUCGGUCAAACCAAUGCCAGUAACCAAGGCAACCCUAGCGGUGGACUCUUUGGACAAAACUCGAUGAACAGCAGCACCCAAGGGAUAUUUGGCCAAAACAAUAAUCAAAUGCAAAUGAAUGGCAAUAAUAACAACAAUGUAUUUGGAAAGACAAACACUGUUACCAGUUUUGGUCAGCAACCAAACAACAACUCUGGAUCUCUCUUCGGAAACAAGCCAUCCAGCGGCGGAUUAUUUGGUCAACAGGGUACUUCUACAAAUACCUUUUCAAAUUCUGCAUCAGGAGGUUUGUUUGGCCAAAAUAAUCAACAGCAGGGAUCUGGGCUGUUUGGUCAAAAUCCCCAGACAAGCGGUAGUGGUGGACUUUUUGGACAGGGCAACCAGCAGCAGCAGCAGCAGCAGCAGCAGCCCAACACGUUCACUCAAUCUGGUACUGGAACAGGUACCUUCGGACAGAACAACAACCAGCAACAGCAAUCAACGGGUUUGUUUGGUGCCAAGCCAACAGGAACAACAGGAUCUCUUUUCGGAGGUAACUCUUCAGCUCAGCCAAGCUCUCUUUUUGGAACUACCAACGUACCCACCUCAAAUUCACAGUCACAGCAAGGAAAUAAUCUUUUUGGUGCAACCAGGCCGACUAACAUGCCUUUCGGAGGAAAUCCCACUACAAAUCAGCCAGGAAGUGGAAGUAGUCUGUUUGGGGCUAAACCCGCCUCCACCACCGGUUCACUAUUUGGGAAUAACACAGCUUCUACGGCAGUACCUUCCACAAAUGGGUUAUUUAACAAUAACGCUAACAAUCCAAGUAGCAAUACGAACACGGGACUUUUCGGUGCAAAGCCAAAUUCCCAGUCAAAAGCUGCACUAGGGGGAGGUUUAUUUGGUAAUUUAAGCUCUAACUCCUCCACAAUUGGUCAAAGUAAACCAGCUUUUGGAGGCACAAACCAAAGUACUGGACUCUUUGGUGCUACUGGCACAAACUCUUCAACUGCUGGUUCAACUGCUGGACUUCUUGGCCAGAAUAAUAACACGCUUAAUAUCGGUACACAUAGUGUACCACCUGUUAACAAUACCUCUCAAAAUUCUCUUAUGGGUACGACGGCGGUUUCUUCCUUACAACAAAGUGCAGUAACUAAUGAACAGCUUUUUUCCAAGAUUUCAAUCCCCAACUCCAUCACUAAUCCAGUUAAAGCAACGGCUUCAAAAGUGAACGCGGAUAUGAAAAGAAAUAAUAGUCUCACAUCUGCCUAUAGACUAGCCCCAAAACCGUUAUUUGCUCCCUCUUCUGGUAACGAUACUAAAUUUCAAAAGUGGGGGAAGACAACAGAAGGAGGUGGUGGAGAAAGCAGUGCCAUCAAUUCUUUUACGGGUUCAGGAUCCAACUUUUUGAAUUCAAAUGACUUGUUGUUUGAUCCAGAUAGAAGAUACUUGAAGCAUCUAGUGAUUAAAAACAAUAAAAACUUGAAUGUUGUGAGUUCUGAUGAUGAAGAAGCAAGCAAGGUUAAAUUGGUGACGUUUACAACAGAAUCAGCCUCCAAAGACGAUCAACUCGCAUCAAGCCCCGCUGCUUCAAACAUAACUGAAAAAGCUUACUCCUCUCAGGUCGAUGUAAAAGAUAAUUGUGUUAAAAGCAUUUCUGACUUUCAAUCGGAAGCUACAAAUGGACCCACCUCUAUACCAAUGGUUGAGAAUGAAAAAAUUGGCAACAAAGUUCCUGGUCUAUUGAGCAAUGACGUCACUUUUUUCAAGAAUAACUACUAUAUUUCACCUUCCAUGGAAACGCUUGGCAAUAAAUCAUUGAUUGAACUUCGCAAGGUAAACAACUUAAUCAUUGGACAAAGGCACUAUGGUAAAGUCGAGUUUCUGGAGCCUGUUGAUUUGUCGAAUAUACCGUUAGAUACUUUGUGCGGUGAUCUUGUCGCCUUUGGACCAAAAUCAUGUUCAAUAUACGAAAACUGUUCCAUCAAACCGAGAAACGGCGAAGGUAUUAAUGUUCGUUGUAGAGUGACUUUAUAUUCCUGCUUCCCUAUUGACAAAGAAACAAGGAAACCCAUAAAUAAUAUAACACAUCCUCUACUGAAAAGAAGUAUAGCCAAACUAAAAGAAAAUCCAGUGUACAAGUUCGAAAGUUAUGACCCCGUAACUGGUACCUACAGUUACACCGUAGAUUCUCCAGUUUUACCUUAA